AUGGCCGCCACCGAAAUCAUGAACUUUGAACACACACCUCUGCCGGGUUCGAAAUGGAUUCGGCUCCUCAAGUUCCAGCCCGAGCUCGAAAACGGCUGCAUCUCGUGCAGGCUGGACUUCUUCGAGCCCACCACUAGCCCUGGUUACACAGCGUUGUCCUAUGCAUGGGGAGACGCUACUCCCAGACACGAGAUAUACAUCAACGGUCGUCACCGCAAGGUCCACGAGAACCUGUGGAGGUUUCUCCGUCGCUGCUUCGAGUCCGGCUUUUCCGGGUAUUUGUGGACGGACUUGCUGUGCCUCGAUCAAGCGAAUGCACCGGAGCUGGCCGUCCAGAUUUCUCGAAUGGCUGAUAUCUACGAAGGUGCUGAGGAAGUGGCAAUAUGGCUAGGCGACGAUCCCAUUCUCGAACAGGAAUUCCAAUCACGCACAUAUAGUGUGGCUGCAAAACUCUCCUAUUGGAAACGUGUCUGGAUAAUCCAAGAGAUUGCUUUCGCGAGGAAGCUGACGAUCAUCUACGGGUCUUGCGAGGUUGGCUGGGAUGAAUUUCAAAUUUACUUGUCAAUGUGGGUGCCUCAGGGUUAG